AAGGGGAAAGGGAAGCGCCGUUGCCGCCAUUUCAUGUGAAAGCAGCGCGGUAGUAACUGCGUGCAGGCCCAAACAAUUACGAAGAACGCGUGUAGAAAUUGAAUUUAAAUACGCUGACGGGAGAUUUUUGAAGCGAACGUGACCGUUUCGACAUAGUGUAGGAGGAAGCAGUUCGCGUUUCAACUGGCUGGUGCUGUUGCUAGGGAGGAGGAGGAGAAGAAGAUGAGUUACGGAAGGCCGCCGCCCGACGUCGAGGGGAUGACCUCCCUCAAAGUGGACAACCUGACCUACCGAACGUCGCCGGAGACCUUGCGCCGGGUGUUCGAGAAGUACGGCCGCGUGGGAGACGUGUACAUCCCGCGGGACCGGUACACGAAGGAGAGCCGCGGCUUCGCCUUUGUGCGGUUCCUCGACAAGCGCGACGCCGAGGACGCCAUGGACGCCAUGGACGGCGCGCUGCUCGACGGCCGCGAGCUUCGGGUGCAGAUGGCCCGCUACGGACGACCACCAGACUCCAUGUACAGCCGGAGAGGCGCCGCGCCACGCAGAUACGGAGGCCGCUCAGACAGCCCCCGUCGCCGCAGACGAAGCCGCAGCCGCUCAAAGAGCAGGAGCCGGUCCCGGUCCAGGAGCCGCCACCACUACAGCCGCUCCAGGUCCCGCUCGUACUCCAGGUCAAGGUCGAAGUCCAAGUCCAAGUCGAGGACCCCCAGGCGGAGCAAGUCCAAGUCCCCCUCCAGGUCUCGCUCCCGCUCAAGGUCAAAGUCGAGGAGUAAAACUCCGCCUUCCAACAGGGGAUCCAAGUCCAGGUCCAGGUCCAAGAGUAGGCCUAAGUCACCAGAGGACACCGGAGCUGAGCCGUAACCCACACGUGGACGCAGAAUGACGGUAUUCAGGGGGAAAGGGUGGAUUUAUUAUUCUUACCUGUUAUUACCCGGAUUACUUCAAGUAAGAUUAGAUUACUUGUGGUAAUCACCGUGGUAUUCUGCAGCCUUGAUGCUACAUUACAGACAUGUGCACAAAAGCACCAAAGUCUGCAGAAUCCUUAAUGUUGUUGUUUGGUUUUUUUGAAAUUACAAAUAGACUGGGGCUGAUGUAGACGAUGCUAGUUUGCUGUGUGUGUGUGCUUUACCUUGAAUGUUCCGUCAAGCUAAAACACACACAGGGAGAUUUGGCUUAAUGUGAUUACCACCUAUAGCACGCAUUUCAAAUUGGGAUACUGAGUGUGUAUGGGAGGGGUUGGGACGUGGGGUGCUAAACUCAAAACGUUCACCUAAAUGUGGAAUUCUUUCCUCCAAGCUGCGGAGUCCUGUUUGCAAAGAGAGGAGGAGGAGGAGAUGGGGGUGUGGCAGUGUGAGAGCAGUUAGUGUGUGACCCGCCCAUGUGACCUGCCUUGUUGCUGAGAGCGAUGGCAGUUGCAAAGGAGCAGGUCACCCAGGCAACGGUGGUUGCUAUGGAGCAGGUCGUCAUGGCGGUGGUUCGGGCUGUCAGUUGGUGUAUGAGGUGGUGUGGUGAGGUACGUUCACGGGGAUCACAGGCCAGAUGCACUGAGCACUGUUCCCGCUCGUGCCUGUGGUUUCCACCGCUUCUCACAAAGGGAACGGACCCCCGAGGUUUGUUUUUCAAAUAUGCCCAAGUGUCGGAGACUUGUUAGAAUUAAUUUUUGGGGAGUGUGGGGCCAAGAAAGGUGUUAAAAAAAAAAAGACUACUAGAAAUGUAAGCUAUAUUAAAAAAUGGAUGCACCAAAAAAGAAAUCUGUUAGAUAAAUGUUAGUUUCUCAGGGGAAAAGAUGAGACUGUAUAAAUAUCCAGGGCAGCUGCAGAGGUUGAAAUGUUCUUUUGUUUUUUUCUCUUGUCAACUGUCUUGUUUCUUUCCUUCCAGAUCUCUGAUGACGGAGUCUUUGCGGGGGACAUCAGGAAGUCUCACAUUGAGCAAGUGGACUCCCACUAUUACCACUGAAUGCAGACUGAAAGGUUAAUUGGAGCUUGGUCUAAAAUGUAUUAAAUGUUUAAUUUGACUCAAACAAAUGAUGUAACUUUGAUGUCAUCACCUGUUAAGUUGAGCAUAUUGAAAGGGAUUUGUAAGAUGUUUUCCCCAGGUUCAAAUUGUGUUUUGUUUUUUGUUUUUUAAUUUGAUUGAAUUUGUACUUGUUAAUAAAUUCUUUUCAUUAUAAGUAUAUUUCUUUUAUUGAAACCCCAUGUUUAAAACUCUUUCCAGGUGGACUUGAUGUAGAAAAGGGUCAUGUUGGAUGAUACCGUCAUGUUAUAUCACUUGUUGGUUAAAAAAAAAAUUCUGUACAGUAACAGAUGCAAAACUAAAAAAAAAAAUCACAGUGCCACUUAUUCUGUGACUUGCUAAUCCGGCAGCAUUGUGUUUUUCUUUUCUGUCAAAUCUCUUCUGUCUGGUUUAAAUUUUUUCCUAUGACUCUAACCCUCUUUCUUGUGUAUCUUUUGUGCACUAGGCGCAGUUGUGUAGCAGUUGAGUAAUGCUGGUUAGCUGUUAAGAUGCGGUGCAGUGCGGUGGUGACAUGGUGUGGCGUGUUGCGGUGCUGAGUGCCCGGCGCUGUUCCGGCGCUCGACCCUCCGCUGCUGUUUGCCGGUUUGUAAGCUCACAGGUGUGGCAGAUCAUCCAUCCUCUUCUUGUCUUGUGACCUCUCCUUCCCUCCCAUGUACUGUACAGAUUCUCUUCUUCCUUUUUCUCUUUCCUCCCUCCGUUCCUCCUUCCCCCACUCUGUGGUUGAUCCACUGUUGAAAACUGGCCAUGCUCGCUUUUUGAAAUAGAGUCCAGUGUGGCUCCUAGUGAAGGGUUAAAAAAGCAGUUCCGACUGCUUAAUAAAUAAUUUGUUUGUCUGUAUAUCAUUCUUCAGUGAACCUUUCAAAAUUCUUGUUAUUGCUUCAGGUGAAUGCUAAUAAACAUUUUUGUUGUAAA